AUGGGGAGUGAUUUUUACGACGUCCUCGGCGUCUCGAGAGCGGACGCGAACGACGCCGAGCGAUUGAAAAAGGCGUACAAGCGCGCGGCGCUGAAACAUCAUCCCGAUCGCGCGGGUGGGAGCGAUGAGAUGUUCAAGAGGAUCGGUUUGGCGUACGACACGCUGAGCGAUGGGACGAAGCGCGCGGUGUACGAUCGAUACGGUGAGGAUGGAUUGAAGGCUGGAUUCGUGCCCCCGGAGACGGCGACGCGAGACGCGGGACGCGGGGGGGGUGGCGGCGGAUUCGGCGGCGGCGGGUUCGGAUCGACGUCGAACGGAUCCGCUCGAGGCGGUCAAGGGUUUCACGAGUUCACCGGCGCGGACGCGGAGGCGUUGUUCUCUCGAUUGUUCGGCGGUGGUGGUGGUGGCGGCGGUGGGUUCGGUCAAGGCGGAUUCGGCGGCGUGGGUGAUCCGUUUGGAGGUUUCUCGCCCACCGGCGGCGGACGGAAGCGCGCGAGGCCGGAGUGCGUGAUCGAAAUCGCGCUCUCGCUCGAGGAGUUGUAUCGAGGCGGUCGACGGGAGUUCAUGUAUAGGAGGAACGUGCGCGCGGGCGAUGGAUCGAUGACAGAGCGCGAUGAGCAGAUUUCGUUAGAUGUCAAGCCCGGUUGGAAGGGCGGUACCAAGCUGACGUUUGAUCGCAAGGGCCACGAAUCGGCCACGGGCGAAACCGCCGAUUUGGUGGUGGUGAUCAAGGAGCGUCCACACACGUUUUUGAAGCGUGAGGGCGAUGAUUUGGUUUACGAAGUUCCCUCGAUAUCACUCAGAAGCGCUCUCGUGGGAUGGAAGUUUAGGUUCGAUCACGUCGAUGGCGAACAGGUAUCGAUCGAAUUCGAAGAGCCCACGCCUGCUGGUUUCGUUCGCACUGUGCGAGGACGGGGUAUGCCGAAUCAAAAAACGGGCGCACGCGGUAAUCUCAUCGUGCGCGUCAAAGCGGUCGACUUCCCCAAGAAGCUAAACGCGCGGCAGAAAAAACUUCUAAAGGAGUGCUUUCCCGCGGGCAAGAGCGCAGCCGCGUGA